GCUAUACAUCUCUUUACGAGGCAUCACCGAGCACCGUCUUCCCUUUAUUCGUUCAGGAUGUUCGAAGGGAACGGCUGCUGCGUCCUGUGGGUGUGCACGGUGGUCGGGGUCCUCUAUGUUACGAAGUGGACCCUUAGCCUGCUCCUCGGCCUCUUUACCUACCUGCGUAUGGCUGUUGGUUCGCGUCUGUGGAAGAGGAACUUGGUGGCGGAGUAUGGCGGGAAGUGGGCAGUUAUUACGGGCAGCACGGACGGCAUCGGCAAGGAGUACGCGAGGCAGCUGGCUCAGAAGGGCAUGAACAUCGUCCUCAUUUCCCGAACUCUUGAGAAGCUGAAGAAGGUUGAAGAAGAGAUCAAGAAGGAGUUCGGAGUGGAGACGCACAUCAUCGCGGCGGACUUCAGCAACGGCCGCCCAAUUUACGAGGGUAUUGCCAACGGUCUGAAGGGCAAGGACAUUGGCAUCCUGGUGAACAACGUUGGAUACUUAGGACCCAAACUCUUUAAGUUCAACGAUAUGACCGAGGAAGAGAUCUGGCGGUACGUGAACGUAAACGUGGUGUCAGUGGUGGCCAUGACGAAGAUUGUCCUGCCGCAGAUGUUGGCGCGCAAGCGAGGCGCCAUCAUCAACAUCAGCUCCUUCAUCGCAAUGUGUCCCAUUCCCUUCUCCGCGGUGUAUAGUGCCACAAAGAUCUUCGUGACCUACUUCUCCCGGGCGGUGGAGUUCGAGUACCGGGACAGCGGGAUCACGGUGCAAGCCAUCCAGCCUGGCGCCGUCCCCACCAACCUGACGUCUUUCUCCAAACUCUUCAGGAAGCCAGGUGGUGAGUCAGCUGUUGACAGUGACAAGGGAGGACAUAUAAGUGUUCCUUGGCGCGGCUGACAAUGGAUCAGGAGCGAAAGAUUUGUACCUGGAAAAAAUCACUGCCAAGCCCACAAAAACGCUUGAUAAGGGGAGGGAAGGAUGAAAAGGAAGGAACGACUAUAUAAUCUUUUGCAAUGAAGUCAUGAUACUUUUUUUUUACAGUAUCGGAAGCAGCUCAAGGGUAAUAUAAAAGCCCGCUGCUCCCGUCAAAGCAAAUAUGAUGGAGUGUCCAGAAGAGUUGUAAAGGUAGAUAGAUGGAUAGAUAGAUAGAUAGAUACGAUUGUUAUGGAUGAACGAAGGACAAUAAAGAGAGUAAGAAAAAUGCUCGGAAUAUAAGAAUCACAAGGUUAGUCUGGCCAAAGAAAGUAGGAUAAUGUUAACCUUCAUCAAUUUUGAAGCCUAAUAUUCCUGUUCUUGCAUGACU